AUGUCCGGCAAUGAAGACCCUUCAAUGAAACAGAACCCAGGAUUUAUGCCGUGUAAUUCAGCCAAGGUCAACACCCCGGAACCCUCACGUAUCGUCAGCGACAUCAUCGGAAGCGCAGCAGUCAAAGCUUCAGCGGCUAGUAUCCUAUCCAGCAACCCUCGGAUCCAAGCAGCUCAGUCUGAAUGGGAGCGUAGACAGGACUUUUCAUCCGUCAUCCCCAAAAGAACUCCCGCUGAUUACGCCCGUGUUCGCGAAGCUCGUCGCUUUACGGAAGCCGAGGUCGCGAGACAGUUGGCAGAUAUCAACAGUGCAGCCAUCAAGAAGAGCGCCAUGCAUCAUUCAUCUCAAUCUGCGGUAGUCUCUCUCACCGGGGCCGAGUUGCUCAAAAAGUACACUGGCCAAGGGACACCAUCACCAACACCUGGACCAGCAAGAUCGCCUGACUCUCUGGUGCCUGACAAUCGAUUGGAGGCAAUCAUCCUGGCUGAACCUCGUCGAGCCUACUCUGUGUAUCCUCUCCCUGAGGGUGGUGCUACUUCUGCCCGGGGGGCACUUAUUCCGGCAAACUAUAAACUUCACGACGACCCUGAGCUUCCAUACAUAUGCCCUGUACGAGAUUGUCGCCGUGUGUUUGGCAAACUUAAUGGUCUUGGUGGACAUUUUGGCGCUGGCCAUUGCUCAACGACAUUCAAUGACAACGGAGAUGGCACGUUGACCAAGGUCGGUAGCUAUCAGAAGGAUGGCCCUGGGGGCACACCCGGAAUUGUUGUCUCCAGAAACCCACUUCCUCCUGACGCACCACCUCCAGUCGACCCGGGGUUGUCGACAUUCGCCUCGUUCCAGCAAAACCGAGUAUCUCGAGCUGCCGAACAGGAGAGAAAGACAACACGCUCACGGGAUUCUCCCUACCGGUCUCAAGCAAUGCAAGAAUCGGAGGUUAAGCAAUAUCUCCACCGACACCUCAGUCCAGCUCAAAAGUCUCACCAACGAGAGGACAUCAAUUACAUGCUGACAUUGCCUCGCAGACGUGAGCUGCCUGAGGAUUGGAAGCACACCCACCGGGGGAGCAAUCUGGAUAUCACUCACUAUUCCUGUGCAGUGGCAUAUCUCGUAGGCACAGGUGUGGUUGGCACCGAGCAGUGCACAGUCAAUACCACUCGACAAUCUGCACGACUAUCGCAACCUUGCAUCCGUCUCCCAAGUGGCUUGUCUGCGACAGCGAAGCGAGCCUUUUCUUCUCUAGAGUCUUGCGUUGGUUGUAGAUACUGGAGUCAUCUGCAGGGAUGCUCAAAUGGCUGCGACUGGUGUCCUGAGCCAAAAGUUGGGCGAGGGGCUUCUGACUCAUCUCGAUCUUCUUCUGAUCCUGUCGAAUCAUAUAGCCCCCCGGAUCUCGACGAUUAUGAAGGUGUCGACGCCAUGACCGAGGUCCAGCCAAAGCGAAAGAAAAGACGCUCCUCUGGGAAUGACGUUGCCAUGAGAGACCAAGCAGUCGCCAUCAUUGACAGACCUGAGACGGGAGUUGAGUUGGAAAUGGAGGAUUGGGAGGUUGCUCCGGGAAGGAUAAAGGAUGAACCUUCCUCAGACAACGUCGCCUAUUCCAACUCGUACCUCACCAGUGGUCAACCCGUCACCGUUUCAGAGGACGUCAGCUUCAACGUCAUGGUUUUGAAGCCCGGUAGCGCUAAUCAUUGGGCUGUUGAAGACGACAAACUGCGAACAUGCUCCGUUGCCUCAGGAAAGAUCCGGGUCACCAUGAACGAAAAGACAUUCAAUCUUGGCCCCAAUGGCAUGUUUGUUGUUAGACCCGGCCAGACGUGCAAGGUCGAGAAUAGACUAUACAUAGAUUCUGUGGUGCACUGCACUACUAUUGGGGACUUUUCACUACAGUAA